UUGACACCUCUGAAGCUCGUUGUAUGACCCCAGGAAAGGACAAGGUAGCCAGUAUCUAUGAGUCACCUGGCUUCUUUCUAGGCUUGGAUCCAAUUCCAGGAGCCAUUGAAGCGAUGCAGGAGAUGAUACUUAUACCCGACACUCAAGUCUUUAUUUGCACAAGUCCUCUCCGGAACUAUGAGCACUGCAUCCUGGAAAAGUAUAAAUGGGUAGAAAAACAUUUGGGUCCGGAGUUUGUGGAGCGGAUAAUUCUAACCCGGGAUAAGACAGUUGUGUCUGCUGACUUGCUCUUUGAUGACAAGGAUACCAUCCGAGGUGCGGAGCCGAACCCGAGCUGGGAGCACGUCCUGUUUACCUGCUGCCAUAACAAACACAUCGAGCUGAAGCCACCCCGCAGGCGGCUGCUGUCCUGGGCUGACGACUGGAGGGCAAUUGUGGAAAGCAAACGCAGGAAGUAAUG